UAGUCUCUUCACAAGUGUCACAAAGAACGUAUCGCACGCUUUUCGUUUUUAGACAUAAUUCUAUCUUCCGUUAAAUAAAAAUAUGCCGGUUAAAUAAUAAAUUCCAGAAAUGUGAAAAACAAAGUGCAUAAAAAUAGAUAUUUCAACAAGAACUUCACUGCUUUGGUUCUAAAGCCCAGAUUCCCAUAUUAAAAAGAAACGAAAAACAAACAAAACUUGCAGUGGUUAUGCUUCAGUGCUUAAAUAAAACAAAACAAAAAUAAUAACGCGGAACAUCUGAAACCCCAUCUGCAAUGAGAGAAAGAGCAAAAGAGAAGUCGACAAUAAAAACACUGACCAGAUAAAUAAUUUUCAUUUAAAUAUGUACAUGGUCCAACAAUAAUAACAAAACUGACCGCAAAGAUAUAUAUAUUUUUUUUUGUUCAUUGGUAUUCGUGCAUAUCAGACAUAGCUGGGACUGUGGUAAAUCCCCGUCUGCCUUCCACCGGCAUUAACGCCUCCCAUCCCAGGCUUUUUGAUAGAUUAGCACUUUUAAGGUUUUUGUUUUUUUUCUUGCUUCUUUUCUCAAUGAAUGCAUUUCCUUUGGAUUACUCUCUCUCUCUCUCUCUCAGAACACCAAACACACGCAAACACACGAGGAGAGAAUAAAUGAGUUUGAGUAAUAAAAACAAUGGAACCACUAACAACAACAACAACAAGAACCAUGUAUCGCAAUCACAAUGAGCCUUGGUUUCCCAACAAUUCAUCUUCCAUAACGCAACAAUUGCCACAGGCGCGCGAAUCUGAAGGCAUGCUUAUCGCCACAGCAGCCUCGGCGGCCAACGAACGCAGAGCCCAAACCAAAACCAUUAUGGAUUGUUUGCGCGAUCGUACACCCAGUAGUUAUACGCGUUCCAACAGCCAUAUAGCACGUGCCAACGGUGGUCUAGUCGCCGCCCGACAGCCACCUGCUUUCCCCCAAAGGGAGCCACGACCGCGACCCAUAAAACUAACUCUGCUCAAAAGCUCAAGCACUCGUGACCUUUCACGUCUUUUGGAAAAUGAAACAACAACGCCACCACCGCUGGCAACAUCUUCAUCAACGGCGAAUCUUUUAAACAUGACUUCUAGUCCAUCGUCGUUAUCAUCGUCCGCGACAACGUCCAGUAGUCUCCAGCAGCAGCAGCAGUGUUGCUCCUCUUUAUGUUCGAAACAAAUACACCGACUUGAACAGCGCAUUAAUGAUUUGGAAUUGCAGUUGAAUCAGCAACAAGUGAAUGCCAUCGAAAUGGCCACACGCCUGGAAGAAUUGAAUAAGAAAUUUGAAUUGAUUUCAAAGGAAACGGAAAUGCAACAGCAGCAGCAGCAACAACAACAAAGUAAAAGGAAAAAAUCCGGUUCGCCACGUUUUGGCAAAAAGGAAAGUGCAAAUGCCGGCUCAGGCGGUGGUUCCAAUAUUGUUGUGCAACCCUCAAAACUGGUGGCCUGGAUUAAAUUAUCGAAUUUCUGGAAACAACGACCCAGCAUACAGACGCUGAAGGAUCAAAAUAUCUAUAAUGAUGAACCCUGUUUCGACACGGAAAUCGAAAUGGUACUCAAAGAUGAUGUCCAUAGUACCGUGCCAAAAAUCGUUGUCGAUUGCUGCCAGUUAAUCGAGGAGAAAUACCGAAAAUCUACCGAACCCGUUGAGGGAAUCUAUCGGCAGUGUGGAGAUUAUAAUAAAAUGCAGGCGUUACGUUUCAGUAUUGAUGCGAAUGAUUAUAAUGCACUGAGACAGCCAAAUGUCGAUAUACACACCUUAACGGGGGUAUUGAAGUUGUUUUUGCGCGAAAUAAAAAGUCCCCUGAUAUCGACAAAUGAGGCCAAGACAUUCACAGGGAAACCAAAUCAGUGGGUAUUAACGGACCUACCCAAUAAAUUGGAAAUACUAAGAAGACUGAUAAGAUCCUUGCCCGAAAUCAAUCGAGAUACCUUGGAUUAUCUGUUUGCCCAUUUCAAUAGACUCACCAAAGUCCCCCUGCAACACAUAAGUGCCGAGACCCUGGCCAUUUCCAUAACACCAUCCAUUUUCCACACAGUACAACAGGGAGCCCGCAUGCAGGAUAUCCAUGCCCUUCUCAAGGAAAGUGAAAUAUUAUCUGACUGUGUUAAAAUCAUGAUCGAGUAUCAUCAGAAAAUAUUUGAAAUUCCAGCCGAUAUAUCUAUUAUGUCCCCUGGUGGCAGUUUAACAAAUUUAAUAACACAUUUUAAUAAUCUACCAAUACCCUUACCACGUUCCCAACAAAUCAGCAACAACAACAACAACAAUAUUAAUAAAAAUUUAAAUCCUUAGUCAAAAGUGUUCUACAUCCAUAAGCAUAUGUACAGCCGAUCGUAAGCAACAAAAAAAUCGCAUAAGUGUUCGAAAUCUAAAGAAGACAUUAUCACAUCCAGAUCUAUUAUUUCAAAACUUAUUCUAAUGAUAUUAUAUACACCGUACAUAAUACAUAUACACCCUAAU